AUGAGUUACACGAGCACUGAGAGUGACCCUAAUGAGUCACCAGCUGCUGAUAAUGGAAGUGACUGCAGAAGUAGAUGGGAAGGAAAUGCUCUGAAGAAAGGGCCGUGGAGUUCAGCUGAAGAUGACAUUCUUGUUGACUAUGUGAAGAAGCAUGGUGAAGGUAACUGGAACGCUGUGCAGAAACACACGGGCCUGUCCCGUUGUGGUAAAAGCUGCCGCCUAAGGUGGGCUAAUCAUCUGAGGCCAAACUUGAAGAAAGGAGCUUUUAGUCAAGAAGAAGAACAGCUUAUUGUUGAAUUGCAUGCCAAGAUGGGGAAUAGAUGGGCGCGUAUGGCUGCACAUUUGCCAGGCCGGACAGAUAAUGAGAUAAAGAAUUACUGGAACACUCGCAUCAAGAGGCGACAACGAGCUGGUUUACCACUUUAUCCUCCUGAGAUGCAUCUUGAAGUACUCGAGUGGAGUCAAGAGUAUACCAAGAGUAGAGUUUUAGGAGGAGAUAUAAGACAUCAAGAUUUCUGGAAGCUAGGGAGUUGUGAGUCUAAUCUCUUCUUCGACAGUCUUAAUUUUGUUAACCACACGGUACCUGGUGCGUCUGACUUAGCAGAUGUGGCUGCGUGCAAUAUUCUUGGAAGCUUUGGUAGUUCUCCUCGAUAUGAAAACUUCAUGCCACCAUUGAUGCCCUCCUCAAAGCGACUUCGGGAAUCUGAAUCGUCGUUGUAUCCUGUCUGCAGCAGUACCAUAAAGCAAGAGUUCCCAUCGCCUGAACAUUUUCAGAACACAGCUACACAACAGAUUUCCAAAGCUUGCAGUUUCUCAGUUCCUUGUGAUGUUGAUCAUUCCCGCUACGGAAACCAACAUUCACCUGUUUUGAUACCAGGUAGCCAUACCUUUACAGAUGGCAUUGUUCCUGCUUCGAGCCCCUCACUUGGGGCAGUGAAGCUGGAGCUCCCUUCAUUCCAAUAUCCAGAAGCAACAUUUGAUCAGUGGAAGAAAUCGGUAUCUCCUCCACACUCAGACCUCCUUGAUCCCUUUGAUGCUUACAUUCAGUCUCCACCACCAACUAGGAGAGAAGAGUCGGAUUGUUUUCCGAAUUGCGAUACUGGUCUGCUUGAUAUGUUGCUUCUGGAGGCCAAGAUCAGAAAUAAUAGUACAAAGAACAGUUUGUACAAGAGUUGUGCUUCAACUACUCCAUCAGCUGAUGCAGGCGAGUUAAGUUUAUCCCAAAUUAAAUCAGAGAAGUUUGACCAUUCCCUUGAGAGUUUCCUCCAUUCCGAGAUUUCACUUUCAAAACAACACAAUGCAGAUGGACUUCCACUAAGGCAGAGAGGGAAAGAGCGGAAACCUGUCUUGGAUAUAACACGGCCUGAUGUUUUGCUUGCAUCAAGCUGGAUCGACCAUGGUUUAGGGAUUGUGAAAGAGACAGGUAACAUGAGCGACGCACUCGCGGCUCUCCUCGGUGAUGACAUAGGCAAUGACUAUAUGAAUCUGAAUAUUGGGGGAUCCUCUGGAGUAGGGUCUUGUUCUUGGAGCAACAUGCCUCCCGUCUGUCAAAUGACGGAACUACCGUAA